AUGCCUUAUCAUGAAUGUCUUCAGAAGUUGGCAUUGAAAUUCGGUAAGAUCCAGAACCAGUAUGUGCCUAAAAUGCAGAAUCAGAUUGCCGAUGCAUUAGCAACAAUGGCAUCCAUGAUGGAUGGACCUAAGGAAGAUGAAGAUCGACCAAUAGUGAUGGAACAAAAAGAAGAGCCAGCCCAUUGUAUGUCAGUAGAAGGAGAUGAAGGAAUGAACAGGGAAGGUGAAUGGUAUUCAGACAUCUUAUACUACCUCAAGGAUGGGACAUACCCAAAGUUCAUAGACAAGAAUGACCAAUUGACAGUCAGAAGAUUGUCCAUUAAUUACAUUAUUUGUGGUGAAAGGCUUUACAGAAGGUCGUAUGAUGGAAUUCAUCUCCUUUUUGUAACUGCCAAGGAAGCACAACAAAAAUGA